AUGGUGGUAGCGGUGGUGGUGGUGGUGGUCAGUCGGGGAAGGGAUGGGGGAAGAGGAGGGGGGAUAUUGAGAGUGAAGCUCGAUGCGAUCGAAGAGUCUCCCGCCAAAACCCAAACACCCCAGAGGCGCAUUUCAAAUCCCGUCCAAGUACAGGGUUCCCCGGAAGAUGCCGUCAACAUGUCCGGCACCACCAUUCUCCCGUCAGAGCCGGAAACGGACCUCGAUCCAGACAUGAUGAUCGAGACUCUACCAUCUUUGGAACGAGAAGCCAAUGAUGUUUUGCAUAUUCUGGUUCCUGGGUCUGUGGACCCGGUUAGUAUCGUCAACACGGCGAAGAAGCUGCGCGAUCCGCAGAAUCCGCAGAGGAAGCGGCUUAAACGGUUAAUGUCGAAUCUGGACGCGGAAACGCAGUAUUUUGGGCACCAGACGUACAUCGAUACGAAGCAGGUUAACCCGCUGCUUAUUUCUGCGCUGGAGAAGAAAGGUACAGGGACGAGUAGGGAGUGGAGUCCGGAUCCUAUUUUGCACAAGGUGAACUGUGCGCGUUUGGCGCUUGAAGUACUUUUGGCAGAUGCGUCGAGUGGGAAAAAAACUGAGUCGCAGAGGAAGGCGAUCCAUGAUUUGGAGGGACGGUUUCCGUCGCCGUUCAUGAAUGAACUUGGGAAAGGGCUUCAGGGUGGUCAUGGACAGAGUGCUCUUGAGAAAGACACUUUCGAUCUGGCGUUGGAGAUCCGCACGCAGUCGCUUUUGGUCAAGUUGGAGACACACCAGAAUGAGGACAGAUUCGAUCCUGAGGCGAUUGUGAGUGGUGUCUUCUUCGAUGACGUUAUGGGUGAUGAAGACGAUUCGUAUCAGGAUGGCCAGGAGCCUCCUCGUGGGUUUAAUAUCAAGCUGUUUGAAAACGAAAAUGGACGGCUUCCGGAGAGGUUCACAGAAGCUGUCUACGAUCGCGUCAACGAGAUUCGUGUCACGUUAGCAGAAGAAGAUGACGACGGUAUCCGCGGGCUACAAGGCGCCUAUCGAUGGCAGAAAUUUGUUUUAAGGGUGGCACAGUGGAUUAGAAAGAGGGAAAACGAAAUCAACCGAGACUUAAAGUCGCAAUCCGAUGCUGAGACUGUUCGUGAGGAGUACUUCUCUGAACCCCAACGGGAAAGUUCGUCGUUUAGCAGGUGGAGUAGCUCCCCUACGGCCGUUCGAGAGGUGUCAACUAUACAGACGGUACCGGUGAAAGCGCCAAAGGAGCCAGUCCAGAAGCCGGAGCAGAAGCCGGUCCAGGAGCCAGUACAAGAACAGACCCAAGAACCGGUCGAGCCAGCUCAAGAGCUGGGACCAGUUGUCGGGCCAGCUAAGUCUGAGCGACGAAAGUCAUACAAAAGCCAAUGGCUUAACGCUUCCAUGAUUGAACGAAUUAGUCAGAGACAGCGACGACAGACGGACUACGUGAGACCUGUUUCUCAGGAAAAGUCGCCAGAAGCCUCUAAUCGCCGUCAAACGUUGUCAGGGCCGGUGACAGCUGAACCAACUGUACCACCAGAAUCUCGCGAAAUCCCAGCAUCUCCAGAAAACCCCCCGACAUUCUUGCAAAAUGAAGAAGACCUCUUCGUCGACUCCAGCUCCCAUCUACAACCGCACAGAGGUGAACCCGCACCGGAAAAAUCACACAGCCCGCCAAUGCGUCGCCAGACCAUAUCCAUACCACCAAACGAACUGCCCUCGAGCGAGGAAGUCUGGAACGCAGCGACCAAAGCAACUCCCCGCCUAACAGCCAACCCGCGACGAAAAACACCUGCAGCCUUUGUCGACCGCCAGGAACACGCCCGACGGGUAUCCCCGAUUAGUCUCAGUGAUCCCCACAGCGCAGAACGCAGAGAACGACCACAGCCACCAGCAUCACGAAAGCGCCAACGUACAGCAGAGGAAGAUGACGACGACGACGACGAAUUUAGCCGCUACGAACGAGCAAUCGACCCCUCAGUCAAGCGCGCACAGAAACCAGACCAAUCUCGUCACCUAAAGCGUCCAAGGGUCGACGACGCACGGCGGCGGGAGAGAACCUCGCCGCCGUCCAGCACUGCUGCUGCCGCCACCACAACUACUACAGCUACCACUAGCACAGACUCGAAAGUACGAGUCCGUUGGUCAUCCGAAGAAGAUAAACGAUUGAUGCGCCUAAUCCGCGAAUGCGGGACCAGCUGGUCGGAUCUGGUUCGACAGAACCACGCCGAGCCGGUGCAGGAGGGCGAGGUACGGAUUGAAGACCGCGACCAGGUGCAGUACAAGGAUCGAGCGAGAAAUUUGAAGAUCAUUUAUUAUCGUGAGGGACGACAAGACGAAUUGCCGAAACAGUUCGAGUACGUGACUAUGAGUAAACGGGACAAGGAGAGUUUACGUAAGAGGGGAAUCGAGAUAGACUAG